CUCGAGCACCGGCUCCACGGCCGCCCCGGCUCGAGGCGCCGGCGCUCUCGAGGGCGGCAGCGGCGCCGGGGCGCCAAGCCCGGGGAGCGGCCGAGACCUGGCCGCCCGCGCCCGCGGCAUCUCCGCGCGCGGCGCCCCCCCGCCCCUCCUCCUCCUGCUUAUUGCUAUUGUUCGGCUUCUUCUUAUCCUGCUUGGGCGGAAGCAUCAGCCGCGUCCGACAGCAUGGGCAUGGGGAGCGUCUUGUUCUGGCGGCCCGCGGGGACCGCACUGGCAGCGGCGGCGGCCGCGGUGCAGCUGAGCUCGCGGUGGCGCCCUGUGGGGGCGCUGGUCGCGGCGUGUUCGUUCUUGUGGGCCGCCACCCUGCUGUUCGAGCGGGGGCUCGGCAUGCUAGCAGGGUGGGGCAUCGGUAAGACGCCGAAGAGGUUCUGGUGGACGAUCGACCGCAUCAGGGUAUGGCCAAGCCUGUCUUGGGACCCCGGUUGCUGGAGCGAGAUCUGCGUUGUCGGCUGGACCUGGCACAACCCGCCGGGGUUUCGCCACGGAGCCUGCCGGGACAGGGGCUCCGAGUGGGAUUCGGCCACGGAUUACAUCCUCCAGAUAGACCGAUUGACCCUCCGACUCGAGCUAGGCUCCGUGCUCGCCGCCGUCAGGCGCAAGAAGGCUAUAUGUGUCGACAAGCUGCAUAUCGAGGGGCUGCGGUUCAGAACAGUCCGCAACCGCGAGGCAGAGCUGAACUUGUGGGCUGCCCUGGACCUCCCCGACGACGACGUCAAUGUCUCCGCCAUCCUGGAGAAGUCGCGCAGGCUCGGGGGCAUGAAUCACGUCCAGCAAGACGGCCCUGGCGCUCCGAAGGAGACCAGCACUUCUCUGAAGCCACUGCCGGCCAUAGCCACGAAGGCCACCAGGAAGGCGGCGCGGUUCUGGAAGCCGCAGUGGUUUCGCGGCGGGGAGCUCGGCCAGAACGGCAGCUCCCCGCCAGGGGGCCUCGCCGGAGGCUCCGUCGGGAGUCGCCGGCAGGCCGGCCCGCCGGGCGGCUGCCUCGACGGACUGCGCGCGCUGCUCCCCGCCGGAUACGCGCCAAGCGCGGGAGGCGGCGCAGCCACCUGCAGCGGCGCGGUCGAGGCCGGCGGCGGCGGCCCCGGUCCUGAGGAGCCCGAGGCGCACUCUGGCGAGUACGUGGAGUUCGCCAUCGGCGACAAGCGGCGCCGCCCGCGCUGGGGCGUGCCUGUCCGCUUCGACAUCAGGAAGCUGGUCGCCGAGAACGUGGAGCUGUGGAUCCUGGACCUCCUCACCGUGGACGCCCACAGGUCUGCGGCCACGCUGGACUCCAAGAUACAGCUGCCGUACCUGCUGGUGGAGAGGGAGCGGCUGGAGAGGGGCGACCCGCGGCGAGCUGGCGCGGGCCUGGAGGAGAUAGGGUGGCCUGGCGACGGUGUCCACGGGGUGUACCUCGGCGAGCUGGUGUGGGUGCUGAUCGCAGAAGUUGUGCCGCUGGCCGUCGUCAGUGCCCCCUCCCGCCUGCUGAAGAACGCCUUGUUCGCAGCAGGCGUCGGCAUCCAGGACGUGACCAGGCGCCUCGGCGCCGGGGCGAUCGAGCUGGCGUACAACGCGGCUCACUACACCAGCGAAGUUCUGUCUCCUCAUCACGAGGAUGCCGCCGAGCUGCAGGACGCUUGUAGGAUCCACGUGCAUCUGAUCAAAGGUCGAAACAUGACCGUGAACGGUAAGCGCGUCAACGUGUCCGCGCAUUUGGAGCUGAACAGCGGUGCAGCUCCCACGCUGCGUCGCGGGUGCGCCUCCAGGCAACUGGACGACCUGCUGGCGUCCUCGGCCAGGAUUGUCUCGCUCGCGCGCGCCGACUCGGCCGUCCGGCUGUGGACGAAGUUCCCGAAGUGGGACGAGCAUUUCUACUUGGGCCCAGUGACGUCGAUAGAGAGGUGCACGCUGCGCAUCUCCUGCAUCGACAGCAGCGGCGGGGGUGUCUUCGGUCAGGUACUGCUACCCGUCAGCAGCUUCCGCAUCACCGACUCCUCCAUCGACCGCCAGGGCGACAUGGUCGGUUGGUUCCCCCUGGAGCCGACCAGCGGCACGAGGUGCACCGGGCAGCUCAAGCUAGGCCUCCGCGUCCUCGGUGCGGACAAGCUCGCCGGAUGGGACGCGUCCCCCGCAGCCAGCCGGGAGCCCCUGUCGGGGAGGCUGAGUUUCCGCAUCCCGGGCUUCAGCCGCAGGAGCGAGUGAUGCACAUUGGCGCCGAGUGUUUCUCACGGGGAGCCGUUUGUUGCCGAGGGCCAGUUGCAGUUACCUUUUGCGAGGGUGAUCAGCGGGCGGUGGGCAGUGUUCAGGCUACCUUUGGUCGGACCUCGGCAGGUGGCUCCAACUCGGUGAUCGUCUGGUCGCCGCCACGUCACCUCUGAGGCGUUAGCUUUCAGUUGUUCAUCCGUAGUUCGUCUCCCAGGCCGCACCUCGUCGCAGUGGCUCGAUUAUUGGUUGCAGCGCCCCAGCAAUCACCCUUCAUUUAGCACAUGCAGCAACCCCAGGCCACCACAGCCUCUUGGCCCUUUUUCGAGAAUGCCCUAUAUGGUCCUCCUGUGGCAUCCGGGUGGCGGGCCGUAUUUUUCACCGUUGUUUCACCGCUCCCCAGUUUGAAGAAAAUGUUUGGCCAUCGGUUCGUGGUUCGAUACGGUUGCCACGGAAAAGAAGAAACAUUUCGGUGAUGGCGAUCACGGACCGCCGAUGCUGACAUGUGGGUUCUCCACGAAUCCAGCCAUGGAGGCAAGACCACGCGACGUG